AGUAAACUUAUGGAAAGAUGGUUGAAAAGGAAAACGCCAGACGAUACUACUAAUGUUGGGAAUUCUCGUCAACAAGAUACCGAUGCUAUGAAUUUAGCUCCACAAGAUAUCAAUUGGGAAGAGGAGAUCCAAUUUGAUACAGGCAAAAGGAAAGAAAUAACUACUUACCAUCCUAAUAUCAGAGAAGUGGUAAGAAGAAGGUACUUACAAAAUGGGCCUUAUCAACCUCGUACUCUUGAUUUUCCAUGGACUCGGAUUGGGGAAAAAAAAAUAAGGUUUAAUCCUGAAUGGUUUGAUGAGUUUGGAAGUUGGCUUGAAUAUAGCGAAUCCAAGGAUAGAGCCUACUGCUUUACUUGUUUCUUGAUGAGAGACUGCACUAAGAAGGAGGCCGGAUAUAAAUCUUUUGUUGUAGAUGGUUGGAAUAGUUGGCAUAAUAAAGAUAGACUAAAAGAUCAUGUAGGUGGUGUUGGCAGCACUCAUAAUAUAGCAUUAAAAAAUUAUGAUGCUUUGUUGCAAAGAGAACAACAUAUUGAUGUUGCUAUUCAAAUACAGAGUGAAUCUUCUAAGAAUGCAUAUUUUGUUCGACUUAAUGGCGCAAUUGAUACCUCCAGAUUGCUACUGAAGCAAGGAUUGCCUUUUAGGGGCCAUGGUAAGUCAAAUAAAUCCUACAACAAAGGAAACUUCAGGGAACUUUAUUGCUUGCUUAACAGAACAGAAUGCAGCUUUAGCCAAGGUAUUGACAAUUGAUGCUACAGAUAAUAGUCUCAUGGUGUCUUCUGAUAUCCAAAAGGACAUUGUUAAAUGUUUUGCAUAUGAGAUUUUGCAUUCCAUCAUUGGAGAUAUUGGUCAUGAUAUGUUUUGCUUGCUAGUUGAUGAGUCCAGAGAUGUCUCUUGCAAAGAACAAAUGGUUGUGAUCUUGAGAUAUAUUGAUAAUUGUGGACUUGUGAAAGAGAGUUUUGUUGGCCUUGUUCAUGUGAAAGAGACAACUUCUUCCAACCUCAAGUCAUGUAUUGAUUAUUUAUUUGCAAAAUUUAAGUUGAGCUUGAAACAAGUAAGAGGCCAGGGAUAUGAUGGUGCCAGCAACAUGCGAGGUGAGUUCAAUGGAUUGCAAUCAUUGAUCAUGAGAGAAAGUAAUACUGCAUAUUAUGUGCAUUGCUUUGCUCAUCAACUUCAACUAGUAGUUAUGGCUGUCGUUAGAAAGCAUACAAGCAUUGGUAAUUUUUUUAGUAUGAUUUCUACCUUGUUGAAUGUGGUGGGUGGAUCUUCAAAGAGAAGGGAUAUGGUUCGAGAUUUCAAUCUUGAAGAAAUGCGUAAGACCUUAGGUUGUGGGUUGCUUAAAACCGGGACAGGAUUAAAUCAAGAGCAAUAUCUUCAAAGACCUGGAGAUACUCGUUGGAGUUCUCAUUAUAAAUGUCUUAAAAGUUUAGUUGACUUGUUCCCAACAAUUGUCAAAGUGCUAGAAUUUGUGGAGACAGAAGACAGGGAUGGAAAAAAUAUAGAAUAAGCAUGUGGUCUUCAAGUGUACUUCUAGUCUUUUGCAUUUGUCUUCUAUUUACAUCUCAUGUUGACUAUUUUAAUGAUCAAAAAUACCUUAUCAAUUGCAUUGCAACAGAAAGAUCAAGAUAUUGUGAAUGCUAUUAACUGUGUGAAAGCAACUAGAAGCUAUUUGGAUGAACUUAGAAGAGACGGGUGGGAGAAAGUCUUAGGUGAAGUGUAUGCAUUUUGUGACAAGCAUGAUAUUUCCAAGUUGGAAAUGGAUGAGGCAUAUAUUAAUCCAAAGAAGCCAAGGCAAAAAUCUGGAAUUACCAACAAACAUCAUUUUGAAGUUGAUUGCUUUAAUGACGUUCUUGAUUGGCUACUUCUAGAGCUUGAUAGUUGUUUCAAUGAGACAACCUCUCAAC